UUUUUUUUUUUUUUUUUUUUGGUUUGUUUGUUUUGUUUUUGUUGGUUGGUUGGUUUUGUUUGGUUUGUUGUUUUAGUGACUCACCGAAGGAAUAAACCCGAGCAUUUCUAUCCAUCCACACCCUGAGUGUGAGAGCAGAAAGGGUUGAUGACAUAAUUCCGCAAGGACAGCCGUGCAGUAUUCCAAGAGCCCCUUACUCGUUUCACCGCAGCCACGGUGCCUAUUCGCAGCCAGGCUUAAACCCACCAGUGUCUCCUUUAAAUUUAUGGGAUAGUCCCCCCUAUCAUAAACUGUCUACCGCUUGUUCCUAAGAUCACAGCUCCUGCCACCUACGCCUCAAGAAAAAAAAAAAUCACACGGGUCCAGCUGGUCUUUGGGUAUCACCCAUAAUACAAUAUGGCAGCUCCAUCCUCUCUUCAAUGCUCCCUCCCAGCUCUACUGGGUCUCGAUGCUGAGGUCUCCCCAAUGUCAUUUCCUCUUAAAACCUAUGUGAUCUCAACAUCUCCCCGAGAAGUUGCUGUGAGGCUCGGAGCUGAAUGGCGCGUGCAGGAAAAUGAGCGCCCUGGAAGCUCCACGCGCAGGUUCAUGGUCACAGCGGAACCCCUGGGAAACAGCAGCGGGGGACUAGGGUGAUUGACAGCCUCGCGGGGCUGCUGAGCCGCGGGCGUGCUGGGAGAUUAAGGACGCAAUACAGCCAACAGGUGGGACGCAGGCGCAGGAAAGAAGGGGUACGCACGGUCCCCGAGACACGUCAGGGCUCUGCUGGGUUUCGAUAUUGAAGCUACCUGAUAGAAGCAUCAGGGGCACCGCCCGGGACAGUCGGUGACAGUUAACGCAGCCUGCGGGGGACACCAGGCGGGCUGUUCAAGUCCAGCCUACCUGUCUGGCAGGUGGAGGUGAGCAGCCAUAACCUGGGGACCAAAGCAGCCUGGACUCCUUCCUUUGGCCGCUAGAGGGGACUCCUCCAGAGCUUGGCGGGAGUCAGAAGACACACCCUCCCCUGUCUGCUCGGGAGAGACACACGAGCUGCUUCCUGAGGAGAGGAGAGGAGAGGAGACGGCUAUAAAUCAACCAAAAGAGACCAGAGAACUCAUCUGGCUGAGGAAGGGAACGAGGUGGCUGUUGGAAGGAGGUGAACACCAGGAGACAUGGCCUCCAGUUCACACCCUGCCUAGCAGCAGCUCCUCCUCCCAGCCUGGCCCGACAGGAUGUCCCGCUAGACAGCCAUGGACGGAGCCCACAGCGCAGGCCUGCAGCUGCAGCCUCUCUCACCCACCAGCGGAGCCACCUCCCCGAGCCUGAGCAGCGGUGAGGGCUCCUUCUCCUACAAGGAAAACUUGAUCGGCGCGCUCUUGGCCAUUUUCGGGCACCUUGUGGUCAGCAUCGCCCUUAACCUGCAGAAAUACUGCCACAUCCGCCUGGCAGGCUCCAAGGACCCCCGGGCCUACUUCAAGACCAAGACAUGGUGGCUGGGGCUGCUCCUGCUGCUGCUGGGGGAACUGGGCGUGUUCGCCUCCUACGCCUUCGCUCCACUGUCACUCAUCGUGCCCCUCAGUGCCGUCUCCGUGAUAGCAAGCGCCAUCAUCGGAAUCAUAUUCAUCAAGGAAAAAUGGAAACCUAAGGACUUUGUGAGGCGCUACGUCUUAUCCUUUGUUGGCUGUGGUCUGGCGAUCGUGGGCACCUACCUGCUAGUGACGUUUGCACCCAAUAGUCAUGAGAAGAUGACGGGCGAGAACAUCGCCAGGCACCUUGUGAGCUGGCCUUUUCUCCUGUACAUGCUGGUGGCCAUCGUCCUGUUCUGCCUGCUGCUGUACUUCUACAAGGAGAAGAAUGCCAACAGCAUCGUGGUGAUUCUCCUCCUGGUGGCCCUGCUUGGUUCCAUGACGGUGGUGACAGUCAAGGCUGUGGCGGGGAUGCUGGUGCUGUCUAUCCAAGGCAACCUGCAGCUGGACUACCCCAUCUUCUACGUGAUGUUCGUGUGCAUGGUGGCCACCGCCAUCUAUCAGGCCACGUUUCUGAGUCAAGCCUCUCAGAUCUACGACUCCUCCUUGAUCGCCAGUGUAGGCUACAUCCUAUCCACCACGGUGGCCAUCACAGCAGGUUCGAUCUUCUACCUGGACUUCCUCGGGGAGGAGGCUCUGCACAUCUGCAUGUUUGCACUGGGGUGCCUCAUCGCCUUCCUGGGCGUGUUCCUAAUCACUCGGAACAGGAAGAAGGCCAUUCCCUUUGAGCCUUAUAUUUCCAUGGACGCCAUGCCAGGUAUGCAGGACAUGCACGCGAAAGGGAUGACCGUCCAGCCUGACCUCAAAGCUUCUUUUUCCUACGGAGCCUUGGAAAACAAUGACAGCAUUUCCGAGAUCUACACCCCGGCCACACUGCCCGUCAUGCAGGAGGAGCACAGCUCCAGAAGCACCCCUGGGGUUCCCUACCGCGUCCUGGAGCACACCAAGAAGGAAUGAUCUGCCUCCCUCGGGGGGUGUAACUGCCCAUAGACCACCCAUCCUUCCACUCUUCGUUGUUCAAACUGCCUUUCAAGUAUCCUGGUUUGAAACGGAGAACUCUGUGCAAGAUGACCUUGGGAGACCCCCGUUUCUGGCAGAGAAGCCAUUCAAUGAUCUUGGCCUUGGAAAUUUCAAAUAGUGGCGGAAGUAUCCCAGGUGGGCUGUGUGGCCGGCUAAGGCAGUGGGAUUUGGAGCCAUUUUACCUGCUUGGGCAGUCAGUGGGUUAUCAGGUAAUGGUCACAAGCUUCCACACACUCCUUGAAGUGAAAGCAAGACACUGCUCCCUCUUUGCAAACCGAGCAAAAGGCUGGAGGACUUCCACAGUCGGUCUUCCCCUACCCGGCACGCAUGUCUCAGCUCGACCCGUUCACUCACAAUUCUAUAGCUCUGAGAAUAUUGCUGUCCCUCUGCCAGGCUCAGCAGGGCCAACCCUGCGUGGAACAAACUGUCGUUUGCACCUGGCUGGGGUACAUGGGCCUUCCAUCACCUGAGCCCUUCUGUGAAGACCCGGCAGCGUCUGCUGGCUCCAUUCCAAUCCUUGGAGAUUUUUUUUUCCAUUGCUUCCUCCCUCUAAAGAAAUCAAGAGGACAGAGGUGGAGGAGGACAGGCACAAGGGCGGGGGACGUGGGGGAGAGCUAACUUCAGCCCUCUCUGUUUCCAACUGGUAAGAAAAGUUCCUGUGACUCUCUUGUCCAGCCCUAGAGGAUGUGUGGAAACUCUCUGUAGGACAAGCUACUCUGGCUCCUGCACAUCCGGCUCCUGAGAAGAGUCCAGAGCCUCCUGCAGGUCCACUUCAGCCUCCCCCUCCCCCUCUCCCUCCUCCUCUUCUCCCUCCCCCUCCCCUUCCCCCCUCCUCCUCCUCCUCUCCUAACCUUCCACUAGCUAAGCCUCAACUGCCGGUUCACAGCCCAGUUCAGGCAGAGCAGAGCAGGCAUUUUCACACACAGGUCUGCAGCUUCCUUCCUGGGUAGCCUCCCCCUCUUCCUCCCCGACUUCCCAGCCAAUGUACAAAGGCUUGCAGGCUUUGACAGGCAUUAGAAUUCCAGAGGAGUUUGUUUAAAAUGUAAGUUCCUAGCUCCAACUGUAGUGACCUGGAUCCGUGGGCCUGGAAGGGGACCCAACAGCCUGCAUCCUCACAGGAGAUCUGAGCCCCAGAGAGCUUACCCCCUCAGAAGCCUUCUCUUAUGGGCCACUAACUCCCAAAGGACCACACAGCCCUGCCAGAAGGUUUAAACCUCCAGUUCCUGGCCCUCUCAGGGCCCUGUAGACAAGCUUGAUGGCCCCGUCGGACUGUGGCAGUCCUUCCACAGUGAACACCACUCAAAAGUGGCAGUGUUAAUAGGUCAGUGUUGAUAUGCCGUCCUCGGCACGGUUCUUCACGCCCAAACAGUGCUCUGACUUCAGAACUCUGCCAUCUGCUACAGAGCCUACCACCACUUCUGUAUUUCGUCUUGACCAUGUCUGUAUUGUAGCUCUCAUGCCUGAGGUUGAAAUGGACAGAGGAAGGGCUCUUCAACUCCCUCCAACAGCAGUAGGCCCUGGUAAUUUUCUUAGGUUCUGGGAGCCAUUUUAUCCUAUAUCUCGCCCCAGAAAGCUAUAAGCAUUACACAUAGUUCUGCCCUCCAGGACUGCAAGGGGACACACCCAUGCCAGGAACGGUGGGCAGGGCAGGCUGUGUGGCCGAGAGGCAGAGUCACAGAGGCUUGCCAGAUAAGGCCAUAGGUGUUCAGGUUAGAGACAAUUUCUGUGCUUCAUGCUGGAAAUAGAGCUAAGAUUAAAGAGGGGGUGAUCGCACCACCACCACCACCAACUCCCCCCUCCCCCCGCUGCCACCGCAAGGAAAUGGGCAGCUCUGGAAAAGUCAGAGCUUGGAGCCAGGAUUGCCAAAGAGCCCAGGAGAGUGAUAAGAAAUGAGCAUUGAAAGACAAGCAAUGGACGUCAAGCACAGUGGCUCGCACCGUGACCCCUGCUCUUGGGUGACAUGUUUUUUCUUUUAUUUUUUUCUUUACAUUUCAAAUGUUAUCCCCUUUCCCCGUCUCCUGUCCAUAAGCCCCCUAUCCCAUCUCCUUCCCCCUUCUAUGAGGGUGUUCACCCACCCACCCACCCCUUCCCAGGUGACAUUCUUUUCUUCAGGAGGAUUGCGACAAAUUCUAGGCUAACCCAGACCACCAAGCGAGACCCCAUCUCAAAACAAGAUUAGCAGCGAAGAUAAUCAUGAAAGAGGCAAGAUUAGCUGGCAGAGGCAUGGGAGGGCGUGGGAGCUACUGAAGAGACAUGAGGAAGAGCGAAACCAGGUCAGCGCCUAUUGGAAAGGAGACCCCAUCUGUGGCAGGAGAGAAAAUGGAGCAACGCGUCACCUUUCAGGGUCAGGCUCCAGGCCCCUGAAAACAAAGACUUAAAGCUUCUGUUCUGGUAGCUGGAAGGAAUUGGGAAGCGGGCCGUGUAUGCAAAGAAGUGAGCAGGGAGGUUGUUUCCGUGUGGCAACCCGGGUGGGCAGCCAUCGUUUUAGCAUGGUAUGUAUGCCCAGCCUCAUUCCCCCUUUCCCUCUUCCUCCCAUGGGCUGUUUAGCCCUGGCCAGCCUGAGAGACAGGUGCACUGUAACUGCAUGUGAUGCAGAAGGCAUGGGAGCGCCACCCAGGAACAGCUUCCUGGGGCCUGGGAAGCUCGAUGGCUUUCAGGCUGGGGAGUAGCCACCAUCAUACAAGCAGAGCCAUGAGGGGUGAGCAGAAAGGCCUUUGAGCUCCUGAGUGGAGAUGGGGCAGUGGGAGACCAGAGUUCCCAGUCUGUCCUAGACGCCCUGCUUUGCCCCGGGUGUCACUGGAUUGUCCGCUCACAGCAGGGCUGCCCUGUUGUUAGAAUGAGGAAGGGAGAGACCAACUGUCUACCCACAACCCCGUUUCCCCUCGUGGCUCUGACAUCACCCACCCACCCCCAUCCUUCCCACCCACACCCUGAAGACAGGCAUUCAGUCUGUAGCCCAGGCUGGUCUUGAAAUCUCAAUCCUCCUGCCUCAGCCUCUGGAAUGCUGGGAUUAUGGGUGUGGACUACUGUGUCCGGCUCCCAUCUGAACUCCCCUGGCCACACUAAAUGCCACACGGCCUCUCUCCCAGCCACAAGGCACCUCCAACAGGGUCAUCAACCAUGAGUUAAACUUCAUUUAUUCGCUUGUCUUCCUCCCGACCCCCACACUCCGAAUCUCUGUUCCGUGGGUUGGGUUCCAGGUUCCAGAUCAGACAUUAGAACAGAUGUUCUUGUGAACUGCUGCUUUCAGAGGGGGAGGCCUGACCCCACACGGUGGCCAGAUGGCACCUUCACUUUCAGCACUAGGGUUUGGAGUUCAGCGUGGACCUGAGUACCAGUGGGGAGGGGAACUUGGGACCCCUCCCCUUUGCCUUUCCAGUGGGCCUAGCCAGCUUGAGGUGGCCAUCGAAGAAGGACUGGGCCCUGCACACCCUGCAGUCUCACUGAUUUCAAAUGUGACCCAACUCUAACUGACACUGAAACCACCAUGUAAAUGAAGUCACUCUAGAGCAUAGUCUAUGUAGACGCUUAUAUUUUGUUAACGUCACAACUAAUAGAGCAUGUGUUAUUUUGCAAAAGUGUGUAUACUGUGUGCAGAUAACAUUGCGAAGCGGUAUUUAAUUAAAAAUCCAAGUGGUACUUGUA